AUAAAGUUUAUGAAAUACCCCUAAAUUCUAUCUUAGCACAAAAGAUAAGGCAAUCCAAUUCUCAAGCUAUCAUCAAUGGAGGCUGCUCUCUUCAGCUUACCUUCCUCUUCCUCUCACUCUUACCCAUUUUCCGUGAAAUCCCACUUCAACAAUCCCUUCAUAAUCCCCCAUUCCAGUUCUCACCUCAAACUCAAACCCAGAACUCUAACUAUUCGUUCAGCCAUUAGCAGAACCAAGAAAGAAGAAACAGUCGAAACAGUGAAGCAACAGCUUGAAGAUUGUUAUCUCUUAGCUGGAAUCAGUUACAAGGGGUUAACAGUUAAGCAAUUUCAAGAUCUUAGGGCUCAACUCCCAGAAACAACAAAGCUUCUUGUUGCUAAGAACACAUUGGUACUUAAAGCAAUUGAAGGGACAAAAUGGGAAGCAUUGAAACCAUGUAUGAAGGGAAUGAAUGCUUGGUUAUUUGUUCAUAGUGAAGAAAUCCCAGCUGCUUUGAAACCUUAUAGGACUUUUCUAAGGGAGAAGAAAUUGGAAGAUAAUGAUUUUACUGGUGGGGUUUUUGAAGGGAAGUUUUAUGGGCCUGAUGAGUUUAAGGUGCUUGAGAAUUUGCCUACAAGAGCUGAGAUUUAUUCACAGCUUCUUGGGUCUUUGAAAGGACCUGCUUCAGCUGUUGUUGGGACUAUUCAAGCUCCAGCAAGGAAUUUGGUUAUGGUUCUUAAGGCUUAUGUAAAGAAAUUGGAGGAGGAAGAAGGUGGAAGUCAAUAAUUUUUGUUGUAAUUCUUGGAUAUGGUAAGCUAAUACUAUUGUCUAUUUGGAUCAAUAUUUGAAAUUUUUCUGAGAGAUGGAAUUUUGUAAAUUUUAUGUUUUUGGUAGAAUGAAUUUAUCCUUGGCCAAUUGUUCUAAAUUUGUGUCCUCGUAUUUGGCGGAUAAUUAUCUGGAUUACUUCAUAACUGUUUGAGAGGAUUUAUGUUAUGUGAAAUGUACUAUUCUGCUCUUUCCAUUA